AUGUUGAUUCAGCUAAAAUGGCAGAGCAGACAUCGAAGGCUAACAGAAACGAUUUGCCUGGGAGUUCCUCUGGGCCGCAACACGCACAAAGCAGGAACGGAAGGCUUCGACACAGAGAAGAUAAAUGAAAUUAUCAAGAAGGCAUCAGAAGGGUCUCGGUUUUACCAACACAAGCAAAAAUGGCAACAGCGCCUUGAUGCGAAGUUGCUGGAAAUGAAGCGAGCGGCGGAAGCCUUCUCUGAGGAGCAGAUUCAGAAAGCUACGCUGCUGGUUGGUGCUCUUCAUACAUAUGACACACUGAACGAGCCAAUGGUCGUUAAGAGCACAAGAAUGCUUUCCACAAGCAACUACGCCACCCGAAGGUUAUGCAUUCGAGCUGCCAUGCCAGGUUUCAUUGACAAAGAAUUGUGUUUUGAACUUGUGUUUGCUAAACCAGAUUUCACAAAAUUCAAGCAAGCUAGCAAGGAGAUCCAAGAGAUAUUUUCUCAAUAG